GCGCCCACUGUAACGUGGUAGCCGCCUACUGUAAUUCAUACCAUUACCACCAAAACCACGUUAUAAAUCGGACAACAAACCAGACUUACAACGCUAUACCCUUGCGACUAAAGCAAAGUUCAUCGUCUUCAAUAUUCAUGGAUUGUGGUUCAGUCUUUGGAAGUCUUGUUCAAGCUCCUGAAGAUCCUAUUCUUGGAGUUACUGUUGCCUAUAACAAGGAUCCCAGCCCAGAUAAAUUGAAUUUAGGUGUAGGUGCUUACCGAACAGAGGAAGGGAAACCUCUAGUUUUAAAUGUGGUGAGACAAGCAGAACAGCUCUUAGUGAAUGACCAGUCACGGGUCAAAGAAUAUCUUCCCAUUGUUGGACUUGCAGAUUUUAAUAAAUUGAGCGCAAAGCUCAUUUUUGGUGCUGACAGCCCUGCAAUUCAGGAGAAUAGAGUGGCCACUGUUCAGUGCUUGUCUGGUACUGGUUCUUUAAGGGUUGGUGCUGAAUUUUUGGCAAGGCAUUAUCACCAACUUGCUAUAUACAUUCCACAGCCAACAUGGGGAAAUCAUCCAAAAGUUUUUACUUUAGCAGGAUUGUCUGUGAAGACUUACCGCUACUAUGAUCCUGCUACACGUGGGCUAAACUUCCAAGGCUUGCUGGAGGAUCUUGGUGCUGCACCAUCGGGAGCUAUAGUGCUUCUUCAUGCAUGUGCUCAUAAUCCAACUGGUGUUGACCCAACACUUGAGCAGUGGGAGCAGAUUAGGCAGCUGAUGAGAUCAAAAGGGCUGUUACCUUUCUUUGACAGUGCUUAUCAGGGUUUUGCAAGUGGUAGUCUAGAUGCAGAUGCACAAUCUGUCCGCAUGUUUGUUGCAGAUGGUGGUGAAUGCCUUGUAGCUCAAAGUUAUGCAAAAAACAUGGGACUCUAUGGAGAACGUGUGGGCGCCCUAAGCAUUGUCUGCAAGACAGCAGACGUGGCGAGGAAGGUUGAGAGCCAGUUGAAACUUGUGAUUAGGCCCAUGUAUUCUAACCCCCCUAUUCAUGGUGCAUCUAUUGUGGCUACAAUUCUUAAGGACAGCAAGAUGUAUGAUGAGUGGACUGUUGAAUUAAAAGCAAUGGCUGAUCGGAUUAUAAGCAUGCGCGAGCAGCUCUUUGUUGCUUUAUCUGCUCGAGGUUUUCUACUGAUCCCCUUGUCUCUAAUUUUUUACAGCUUAGUCCUAGUUUUGGCCUUCAAAAUCUUGUCUAAGGACAUUUCAAUUUCCUAUUUGACAGGCACUCCAGGUGACUGGAGUCACAUUAUCAAGCAAAUAGGAAUGUUUACCUUCACAGGGCUGAACAGUGAACAAGUUGCCUUCAUGACCAAGGAGUAUCACAUUUACAUGACAUCUGAUGGGAGGAUUAGCAUGGCAGGUCUUAGUUCAAAGACAGUUCCUCAUCUUGCAGAUGCUAUACAUGCUGCUGUUACCAGAAUGGGCUAGACUGAGAUUUAGUCUGUAAGGAUUUUUGGCUUGCUUUUCCCUUUGGCUUGCAAAUCCUCUCAAAGGAGACACAGUUUAAAAAUUAUAUUAAUUUUGGUUGUGCAUCCUGAACUUUCCCCAAACUCAAUAUGUCAGGUUGAAAAAAAUUGAAAGAUGGUAUUUAUGUUUGCAUUGAUAACUGAUAGCUGCAUGUUACUUUCUGACAUACUUGCCAAAGAGGGGGCAAAAAAGGAAGAUAUGACUUGAUUCAUGUA